CGGCUGCCGCGAGCUGGGCGGCCGGCGACCAGCGUUGCGGAGCGGGACGGCGGGCGGCAAGAAGAGGAGCGAACAGGUGGGGGAGCGGCACGCGGACGGAAUUCCCCCAAAGGCCGAGAGAAGGCACGCGACGCGGCCCCUCCUGAUCUACCAGAGAACCCCACUCCAUUGUCUUCUGACCCCACCCUCCAUUGGGCACGCCCUUCACCCUAUCCCCCGCCAAUUAUUGGCUGUAGGUCACGCCCCUCCUCGAUCUCUCGGUCCUCAUUGGCUCUUCUUCCACGUUAUUCUCUCCCGGCGUUUCUUAUUGGCACAGGCCACACCCUCUCAUUUGUCACCAGACCCCGCCUUUGGUAGUUGGGGGCUCCUCCCCCACCAGCCUUCAUUCAUUCGGCAUCUAGCGCUGGGUGCUUGGGACAUGGGAGUGAAUCACCCGUGCUUACCUUCGGGUUCUAGGGAUGGUGGGGGGACGUGGACCUAGGCUCCGACAGUGACAACCUAGAGCAGUAAAGAAGCUGCCAAAGCGGUGGGCCCCUCUAGACGCCGAGAAGAGGAGGUGAGGCCAAAACCGAACCCUGAAGAAUGGUUAAGAGUUUGCUCCAGGGAGACACCGCGAGGGCAUCCUUGGCAGAAGGACCAGAGACAUGAAAGAAACAGGCGUAUUCUGGUAAUUGCAAGGAGGUAGGUCGAAGGGGGAACUGGCCAAGGUAGAUGCCUGGAAAUCAGCAAGGAGCCCAGAAAAGCGUACAGUGAGUUGAGGUGAGUGAAGCCUGAGGCCUGAAACCUUUUCAAGGAGCUGAUCAUUAGGCAGCAUAGAGGAGGGUGGCGAAGAUCAGGUCUAGAUGGGGAAGCAAAGCUCAGGAAAGAAAUGAUUCUAGUUCUGAUAAGGAGAAGGGCUUUUGGGUUCAUUCAUUUACUAAGUAACCGCUCUGGGUAAGGGACUGUUGUGGGUUCUGGGAACACAGCUGUGAACACUAAAAAGGAUAAAACAGAUACUGACCAUCAAAUUUACGUACAGGUUUAAAGUGUACUGACAUGAUGGUGAUCACUGCUACGGGGGAGGGAAGAUUGUGGUGGAGAGGGGAGAGAAGGUUUACUAUUUUUUAGAGAGCGCAUUAGGGACACUUUUCUAAUAACAUGGUAUUUAUGCAGAGAUUUGAGGAAAGUGAGCAAGCAAUCCAUGGCAUUAUAUGGGAGCAAAAACAUUCCAGACAGAGGAGGACACGUUCAGUUUGAUAUGCCUGUUAAAAAAUGUUGCAUUGAAACUGGCAAGACUGGUCCAAACUGUAUGGAUGAAGUCUUGGCUCAUGUAUUUAAAACCAUGAAAGUGGAUGAGAUCACCUAGGGAGUGAGCAUAAAUGGAGAAGAGGAGAGAAGUUCCCAUAAACAAGUUCUGGGACAUUACAGUGUCAAGAGGUUGAGAGAUAGGGAUGGCCAGCAAGGGAAACAAAGAAGGAACAGCCAGUGAGGUAGGAGAACUAAGUUUCAUUGUGUUUGGAAAAUCAAGUGGAGAGUAUGUUUCCAGGUGAAGUGAUUAACUGUGUCAUGUGCUGCCGCUGAUCAAUAUUAAGGUCAUUGGUGACCUUGAUUAGAUCAAUUUUGAUGGAAAGCAGGGGACAAAAGGCUAAUUACAGUGAAUUUAAGAAAGAACAGAAAGAAGGAAUUGGAGAUGGGUACAGAUGAUUCUCGAGUUAUUGUGCUGCAACAAGGAGCAGAUGGAGGGAGAUGCAGUGCGGCUGUAGCCUGGCUGUAGCUGAAGUAGUGUGGGUUCAAGUUUGUUUUGUUUUUUUAAGAUGGAGAAAUAACAGCAUGUGUUUAUGCUGAUGGAAAGAAUCCAGUAGAGAGGAAGAGACUGAUGAUGCAGCAGAGAGAAGAAAUGCUGGAAUUGCAUCCCUGAGCAGGCAAGGGAGCUUGCAGGCUGGAGCCUCCAGUGGUGUCUGGGGAGAGACUGGAUUGGCCUGAGACCUGGCACAGAGUCAGGGGUGAACACCCUGACACUGGCCUCAGAGGUCGACAGAGUGGGGAGUUGGAGUGACCCGGCUGGAUGUGACCCCCAAGACAGAAUGGUGCUGGACUCUGGGGAUCAGGUGUAUGAACGGGCACCCCCCAGCCCACCUGCCAGUCCCCUAUCUCUGCACCAUAGGCUGAAGCCCUCAGACCGAGAUGGGCCACCACGGCACCCCUGGUCUCAGUCCCUGGCCUUGCCCCUGGCUUUGGCAGUCCCCUCAGUGCUACAGCCCCAGCCUGAGCGGCAACCCUUGUCAAAGGUGUGCUUGGGCCACCGUGGCCACAUGCGUCGUAGUGAGAGUACCUACACUGUAAAUAUUACUGGCCAGCGAGGGUGUGGCACCCAGGGACGGGCCCCACCUGGACGAGGACGGAACCCAGGUGGGGGCAACCUGCGAUCUGCAGCCUCCCUGCCUCACAUUGCUAAGACUCAAAGGGAUGCAGGCCAUGGUGCCAGCAAGAGCCCCUGCAUGUUGGUGGCCCUGCGACCAACCAACAUGGACCGUGAACGGGACAAGUUCUUCCAGUCCCAUUACACCUACAACCCACAGUUCGAGUACCAGGAGCCCAGGCCCACGGCUGUUCUGGAGAAGUACUGUGAGGCCUCUGGACAGUUCAUCCAUCAGGCAGUUGGCAUCAUUGAAGCUGUCCUGGAGAAGUUUGGCACCUAUGAACACUUUGAGGCUGCCACUGGGGGCCAGCUGCUGACCAAGUGCCAGAUUUGGUCCAUCGUGCGCAAAUACAUGCAGAAGGAGGGCUGCGCUGGGGAGGUUGUGGUGCAGCUGAGUGAGGACCUGCUGUCUCAGGCGGUGAUGAUGGUGGAGAACAGCCGCCCCACGCUGGCCAUCAACCUGACUGGAGCCCGCCAGUAUUGGUUGGAGGGCAUGCUGCGGCAUGAGAUAGGCACCCACUACCUACGGGGCGUGAACAACGCGCAGCAGCCGUGGCACAGCGCCGAGGGCCGGCUGCGGUACGGGCUGCGGCCGGCUAACCCCACGGAGGAGGGCCUGGCCAGCCUGCACAGCGUGCUGUUCCGCAAGCAGCCCUUCCUGUGGCGCGCCGCGCUGCUCUACUACACCAUCCACCGCGCCGCGCGCAUGUCCUUCCGGCAGCUCUUCCAGGACCUGGCGCGCUACGUGCAGGACGCGGACGUGCGCUGGGAGUACUGCGUGCGCGCCAAGCGCGGCCUCACCGACACCUCGAAGCCGGGCUGCUUCAGCAAGGACCAGGUGUACCUGGACGGCAUCGUGCGCAUUCUGCGACACCGCCAGACCAUCGAUUUCCCGCUGCUGACCUCUCUGGGCAAGGUGUCCUAUGAGGAUGUGGACCACCUGCGGCCCCAUGGGGUGCUGGAUAAUACCCGGGUGCCCCACUUCAUGCAGGACUUGGCACGCUACCGGCAGCAGCUAGAGCACAUCAUGGCCACCAACCGGCUGGAUGAAGCAGAGCUGGGCCGCCUACUCCCUGACUGAUGUUUUUGGGGGCUCCAGAUCGGCCCCCAGAACAUGAAGCUAUCUGCUCUGUGCUUCCAUGGCCUGGGUGUUUCUUGGGAGCAUUGGGAGGGCAGGAGCAUUCCAUGAGGAGGAGUGGCAACGUCAGAGGGUUGAUGUCUCUUGCUAGUCCCCCUGGGGCCUGGGGCCCAGCAUGUCAGGCAAACUGAGUGGCCCUUCUGCCUCCAGCUCUCUGUUGAGCAGAGGGGAGGCCUAGGGGCAUGAGGGGAAUUGAGCAUUGAUGGGGAUGGGGGGAGGUUUGGGAGUAGAAAUUUGUUCUUGCAUGGAAUGGUUUUGGGUGUCCAGGUCCUCCAGUCUCUCCCUUCCCCCACCUGGCCCCUUGGUGCUCCUUCAGCAUUCGUGCUGUCUACCUCUCACUGGGUCUUGGUGGGGGUUGGGAUCCCUUCUCCUGGAGUGAUUGCCUGAGCCUGGGGUCCUGGCUUCACACAGGCUCAAGGGGCUGGGGUCCUGGAAGUAGAGGCCCAGCUGGGCUGGGUGUUGGGGUGGGCUUUCCAGCAUUUUGCUUCUCCCCCGAAAUAUGGUCAUGUAUUUAUUCCCUGUGUAUGUGCUCUACUUCCUGAGGCUGGGAGGCAGCAGCUCCUGAAGGUUUGUUGAGGGAACAGGACACUCCUGGAAGGCACUGAUUUUCCUAGCCCAACUCUCAUUUUACACACACACACAGAGUACAGGCCUUGUGAGUGAAGCCCAAGAGCUCACCUGGCCCUACCCCCAUGCCCUCCACUGGCCUCUGCUGUUCUUUUCUUUAUCCACAAGCUCACAGCUGGUGUCUGGGAGAGGUUGGCAUGGCCUGGGAGCAGCCACAAUCGAGCCUAAGGGGCAGGCCCCCAAGGCCCGAGCCCCUCCUGGAUCAGGAGAGGUGCAGAGGUGGUUGCUGCUUCCAGUUUCACUUCAGACUCAUCUGUGCCAGUGACCCAGUGCCAUUCCUACCCUUGGCCUUAGUUUUCCCAUCUGUAAAACUCAGAAAUUGGGUUGGAAAGUUUUUAUUCAUUUAGCCAGCGAGUAUGUAUAGAGCGCCUUCUGUGUGCUAGUUACUAACUAGUCAGGACCUUCACUGGAGGGUCUGGAGGGAAGCCAGACAAUUAAAACAGUAAUGACAA